AUCGAUGAGCAACAAUAAUCGAUAUCGAACGCGGCAGUUUCUCAGCGUUUUCACUGUAUCGUAAUUCCGCUUGACGAUAAACGCCUCCUUGUUUUACUCCCUCCCCCCUGCUGCCCGUGUUGGCCAUAUUGCUAGCCGUUGAUAAAUUCACGGGAUUUUCGUACCGACUGGUAUUAAAAAAUGGAGUUAUCAUCAGAAAUAUUGGAGAGCUUGGUUAUAGAUGACAAGGCUGUUAUGGAGGUAUUGAAAGAUGGAAAUGUUAUGGAAGGAGAUAUCAUAUUUGAAUCUGAAAUGAUUACUGAAGAUUCUGAGGAAGCAGAAAUAGAAGAAAUUAUAGAGAUAAUUGAGGAAGUCGAGGAAAGCGAGACGCCUACAAAUGAUGAUGCUUCAGAUAAGGACAAGUUGACAGAUACAAAGGAUAUUGACACAAUUGAAAAGACAAAGAGAAGUGACAGAGCGAUUAAUAAAAACAUAGAGCUUUAUAGCUUUGACGAUGAGAAUUCAAUGUUUACCUCGCAAUUCGAAAAAGAACCAAUCAAGCAUGUAAAAAAUAGCGCACACAAAAUCACUAAAAAACAUAUUAUAAACUAUGAUGUUGAUGAAGAUUGGCAAGAUGAGGAGUUGGAGCGAGUGGAUGGGUUGGACAAUAAUUCUGAAUUGACUGAUAAUCAUGUGAACUCUUUACGAAUGCAGACUGAUAAAAAGCAUGUAAAUAAUCGGACUAUCUCGCUGCAAUCAAACAAAGAUUUAAAAAUCCAUGUGGAUCCCAUGGGAAAGGUGGACAAAUCUCGAAUAGAAUCCCAUGGGAAUAAAGUAAAUGAUAUUGUAGAUGACAGUGAUUCAACUCAAGAGAUAGUGAAAAAUAUAGAGAAUAAUCUAUUGUACACUGUGCUAGGAUCAAAAAAACAAGAUUCUUCCACUAAACAACAGCAAGAGAAACUCAGUGAUCAUUAUGUUAAAAUGGAACGACUUGAAGCAAAUACUAUACCAGUUGAGGGUACUAUUUACUAUGAAGGAGACAACAUGGAGACAUUAUAUGUAGCACAAGCCAUCGAUGAUAACGAACAAUAUCAGUAUGAUAAUGCAACGAUGGAACAAGAUGAACAAAUGUCCUGGGAAGUGGCGAAUUCCGAAACCAAUCAAAAUCAAGAAGAUAAUUCUCAAGAUCAGAUAUUUUUACACGAGGACGAAGAUGGUCAAUUAUAUUUUAAGGAUGCUAGUGGAACUCUACAACCAGUAUAUUUAACUGAGGAUGGAAAUUAUGCAAUUGCUGAAAGUAAUGAUGACAAUACCAAUAAAGACUCACAAUCUAAAUCUUAUCAGAAUAAUAGUACAAUCCAAGAGGAGACUUUUAUUCUGCCUGAUAUAGAUUCCAAGCCUACUUCUAAUAAACAGACAACUGGUAGUACAGUAUCAUCGUCAUCGUUUCAAGAUUAUGAUAAUGAAGAUAAUACUGUGACCAUAUCCUUGAUAAUAUCGGAGGAUGAGAACGGACAAAAGAGAACUCAAGUUAUUAUACCGACAACAGACAAUUUGAAGUGUGACAUCUGUAAUAGAAGUUUUAAAACAUCUUUCCAGUUACUCAGGCAUAAUAGACUAAAACACGCUCGUGAAGAAGAUAUAACUACAAGAAACUUCCCUUGUGACUCGUGUCCUAAAAGGUAUCCAGAUCAAGGUUCGCUUGCCCGUCACCGAAAGACUCACACUGGUGAUCGACCGUUUCAGUGCUUGGAAUGCCACAAAAACUUUCCUACAUCUACGGCACUACGUCGUCACUUGACAUUGCAUAAUUCUCAAUCGCGACCACUUCCUUGUAUUUACUGUGGUCGGCGAUUCAUGGAUAAGACCAGUUUAGCAAAACAUGAAGAAUCACAUAUGCCUAAUGAACAACGCAAAUACACAUGCGAUAUAUGCCAAAAGACUUUCCACCACAUAACUGAUCUGAGUAUGCACAAGAAACAUCAUGACCCUGACAAGAAAUUCGAUUGUGAAGUGUGCGGUCGCGAGUUCAAUAGACUGAACAAUCUGCAGAGACAUAUGCUGGUACAUCAACAACAACAGGGAGGAAAUGAGGAAAUACUUUCUUGCGAUGUAUGUGGAAUCACAUACAAAUUCAUGAGUUCAUUAACGAGGCACAUGGUAACCACACAUAUGAAUCCUGAAAAACUGCGACAGCAAGCAGAGGAGCAGCGAAGAAAACGCGAGAACAAUUACCGGAAAUAUCUAGAAAACCGAAAGAUGUACGAAACUCAGAAUUAUGGUACAAAACGUAAAUAUAAUUUGCUUACCGGGGAAAACGACGAAACAGCUUGA